CAGCUCAUAUUAACUUCUUUACUAGCACAUCAGCUUCAGACGUCUCGACCAUGGGCAGCACUGAAGACAACCAGCCAGAAGAAUUGUCCCAGAAUGAGGAAAACACCACAAUCGACAUUGACAACAGAGACCCCACCACCAUCCACAGCUAUGUGGUCAAGAUGGCGUUUGAAGAUGUGAUUGCAGAGCCCUCUGGGGUUCACAGCCUGGGAAACGUUUGGAAAGCCAGCUACAAAACCUACUCAGGGUCAAAGAUGUGCUGCUACGGCACCCUGACUACCCUCUUUGGUGUUCCUCUCUCGCUGCUCUGGGGCUUGUUGUUUGGCUGUGUGUCCUUCGUCCACAUCUGGACUAUUAUGCCCUGCCUUAAAUCUUGUGAGCUCCAUUGUCAGUGUCUGAAACAGCUGACCUUAAUGUGUGGCCGCACCUUUCCAAUGAUGCAGGGUUUUCUGAAGGUGAUCAUCAGCCUGAGAACAGCUUGGUAUAAGACUGAAUGAAUGAAGUUAAUUUGCUUUAGGCUUUCAUCUUUGUGGUUUUUGGGUUAAUUUGGAUAUUUGACUCUUAAAAGAUCAAAGGAAAUUCAUCAUAACCACAAAAGAAACAUCAGAAGACAUGCCACCUAAUUUUUCUAAUGUCAUAAGUUGAACCUCUGGAUAUUUGAAGGAUAUUUGAAAACUAUCUGAUCAAUAAUUCCUGUUGUUUUAUUCAGUAUAGUGUCAAACACA